AUGCCCGUUAAAUUUCGCGAGACUCUCGCUUCUCUUGUGGAAGACGAGCCAUGUCUCUGGGAUCGCACCCGCGAUGAUUAUCACAUGAGAGACAAAAAGGCGGACGCAUGGGAUCGUAUCAUGAACAAAUUAAUACAGCUCGGAUAUACCUACGACCUUGCCUAUGUGAAGAACACGUGGAAGCUAAUGCGCGACGCGUAUAGGCGAUACAAAAUCUCACACAGUGGAUCAUCAGCGUCAGAAUCAAGUGGAAUAGUGAGAAGACUAAGAUAUCUGGAGACAGCCGAUGUAAAAGGAGUCCGUUUUUCCAAUCUCCACUAUAGCGAUGAAGAUGACGAUAUCGAUAUCCUCAAUGAUGAAAACGAUCCACCGCCGCCAGAGCACUUCGAAGAAGUAACAACGUCGCGAACUCUUCUGGGGGUGACACCGGCAAGAAACGUGGGAAGUUUAGGGAAGAGACAAGUGGUCGAGAAAACCAAAACGACCAAAAAGGCCCGUCUUGAAGAAGGCAUAUCCGCUGUGCAAGAAGCUGCGGAUGCAGUGAAAAGUCAUUUGGAGGCGAUCAGUUCACCAACUAACAAAUACAGGCAUAUCGGAGAUUUUGUUUCCGAUACGCUAUCAGGGAUGACAGAACGAAAGGCACAUGCAAAAAUUCAAUCACUUAUAACAGUUCUGCUGAAGGAUGACACUACGCUUCAGGGUUCGCCUAAUGAAUGGUCGUAAGCUUGAUAUUACUUUGGUCUCGUAGAACCGCCCACUGCUGUUUUUGUACCGUUUUCAUAGCAUAUGGACACUUUUGAAGAGUACUUUGAAUAUGAUUGCAUGGUCCUCAUAUCGUUGUUGUAUUGCAGUCGCUAGGAGUUCAUUACUUUAAUCAUUUUAUUCUGAUUCUACCUGCCUUGCAUAGUCUCCAAAACACUGAAGUCUUUCCUCC